CGGGGAUGUGCUGAGAAGGAGCAGCUCCCCUUCGGGCCCCUCCGCGCCUCGGCCUCCGCCUCCGCAUUCCCCCCGCCCCACACCUGCUCGGAACGGGUCGGUUACCGGUUGCCGGUAGCGGAGGAGCCCGCCGAGCUCUGUGAAGAAAUUCUUCAGCCAUGGAUGUGUUUAUGAAAGGACUUUCCAAGGCAAAGGAGGGAGUUGUAGCAGCAGCGGAGAAAACCAAGCAAGGCGUGGCAGAGGCAGCAGGAAAGACGAAAGAGGGAGUCCUCUAUGUGGGUUCCAGGACCAAGGAGGGAGUUGUUCAUGGUGUCACAACAGUGGCUGAGAAGACCAAAGAGCAAGUGUCUAACGUUGGUGGAGCUGUGGUGACAGGAGUGACAGCAGUGGCCCAGAAGACAGUGGAAGGAGCAGGGAACAUUGCAGCAGCCACUGGCUUGGUGAAGAAGGAUCAGCUGGCCAAACAGAAUGAAGAAGGUUUCCUACAGGAGGGAAUGGUGAAUAAUACAGAUGUUCCUGUGGAUCCUGAGAAUGAGGCCUAUGAAAUGCCUCCAGAGGAAGAGUAUCAAGACUAUGAACCUGAAGCAUGAGAGCCCUUUCCUUCCUUUAUAUCUCCUGAAAUCUACUAACUACUAAAGACGUCCCAUCCUGUACAAGUGCUGAGUUCCAAUGUGCCGAGUCGUAAAAUUUUUUUACAGUUUUUAAGGUGUAUUUUGAAGUCUUCCAUCAGCAAUGAUUGGAGUAUCUGUGACUGCAUCUGCCUUGUUUCAGCAUUUCCCUCCUGCUGAAAUGAAAGCUGAUUGGCAGGGUCAUUGUUGUGCUGUGGAUAUUGUGGCUUCAAGUUUCAAAGUUAAAAAAGAAAAUAUCCAAUAAAAACACCUAAGUGUCUACUGCUUAUUUCUAACUCUGUACAUGUUCUGUUGAUAGGCUGUCAGUAAUUUGAUAUUGUUUAUGAUUCAGUUUUUAUUUGUUUCCUAUGACUAUUCUUUCUGUGCAGAGAUGACUUAUUGUGAGAGCUUUAUAUAUAUGUGUAUGUAUUAUACAUAUUAAAAAAGUAAUUGAGCAUGAACUAUGCACCUAUAAAUA